ACGAAUUUUUAUGGCGGCAAAUAUUGAAUACUACGCUACUCAUUGUUAUUUACUAUAAAUGUUUUGAACAAUAUAUUGUUUAUCAUUAUAAUUAUAAUGAAUACAGAUAUUAUUAUACGAUUAAAAAUGAAAUCUGUAUAUAUUAAUAAUUCAGUUCACAAGUGUGUAUACUUGCAAAAUGAAGUUUUUGAUUUAUUUGAUUGAUAAACGUAGUAUAAAGUUUGCGAUCGUCAUUUAUUUAAAAAUAUCGAUUUGUUUGUAAUGACGCUUGGUUGUUGAAAUUGUUUAUUGGCAAUCUAAAAAAAAAUUAUGGGUGGAUGUAGCUUCCCGAAUUGUCACAACAGCAGCGAGAAAGGUUUCAAAGUUAUGCGGUUUCCUAGGUGCAUUGAUAUCAGGAACAAGUGGGUAACAGCUUGCAAAAUUUUGAAACCCAUUAAUGAAAAUUCUCGGCUGUGUGAGGGUCAUUUUAGUAAAGAAUUAUUUUAUCACGAAAAUAAUUUUUAUAAAUUAAGAAAAAACGUCAUCCCUGAUAUUUUGACACCGUCGCCUCAUAAACCUUUUGAUGCUGAUAUUAAUAAUGAUAAUGAUGAUGACGAUGAUGACUACUCAAUCAGCAGUAAGAGACGUAGGUCCGGAGUUUCAGAACUAACUGAACUCAGUAUUUCGACAAUAAAGUUUUAUAAUAAUUUCAAAUGGUUAAAUAAAGAUAUGGAGUGUAAAAUUUAUGUUUGGGAUUGGAAAUUUCACCAAAUGAGAAUAUUCAAGACUGCGAAGAAGUUUUUCCUGGAACCUCAUACAAUUCUAGCCAGCCAAGUAAUAAUUUUGAAAAGUCACCGCGAGAAUUACUCUUGGAGCAACAAAUCAACGAGCUUCUCAAGGAGAAUACAGCAUUAAAAAAAAAGGUUUCUCACAUGGCUGAAAAAUCAACUACGCUAGAUACUAACUUGAAAAAGUUUUUGAAUCCAGAUCAGCUGUUGUUUUUAAAAAGUAAUGCUUCUACGAAUUCUAAACCUUGGUCAGAGGAAACCAUCAAAAAAGGUUUAAGAAUUCGAUUACUGAUGGGUACUAAAGCUUAUAAAAGCUUAAGGGAUAUCGAAGGAUUUCCUUUGCCUGCGUUUUCUACACUUUACAGUAGACUAUCAGGUUUCAACUUUGC